AUGACCGUCGAUCCCACUAUCGAGGAAGUGACACAGAAUGUCGAGCCUCGUCAGGUCGAACCCCAUCGUUCCCACGAUCCCACAAACAACCUGAAACGGACUGACCCCUUCCAAUUCGGCUCACGAUAUCUUGAAAAGGGCGAUGAUGUUUUCGAGUUCAAUGCCUGGGACCACGUUGAGCCAGAUGACGAGUUCAAGGCCUUUGCCGAGACCCAAUACGCCAAACAGCGCGAAACACGCCUGUCGGACUUUGAUCGCAACCGAUUCAACAACGACCCCGCCAAGUGGUGGGACCUCUUUUAUAAGAACAACACAGCCAACUUCUUCAAGGAUCGAAAGUGGCUGCGCCAAGAAUUCCCCAUUCUCGCCGAUGUAACACAAAAGGACGCCGGUCCCCAGGUCGUCUUGGAGGUUGGCGCAGGAGCUGGAAACACCGCCUUCCCAUUGCUGGCCAACAACGAGAACGAGCACCUGAAGGUCCAUGCCUGUGAUUUUUCCAAGUAUGCCGUGAAGGUCAUGCGCGAGAGCGAGCUCUACAACGAGAAAUACAUGUCCGCUGAUGUUUGGGAUGCAUCUGCUGUGCCUGGAGAGAACGGCGAUUCUCUUCCUCCCGGUCUGACAGAAGGAUCGGUCGACGUUGUGAUUCUAAUCUUCAUCUUCUCCGCCCUGGCCCCUAACCAGUGGGACCAUGCAAUCCGCAAUAUCUACCGUCUCUUGAAGCCCGGUGGCCGUGUGUUGUUCCGCGAUUACGGCCGGGGUGACCUUGCCCAAGUGCGAUUCAAGAAGGGUCGAUACAUGGCUGAGAAUUUCUAUAUUCGAGGUGACGGCACACGUGUUUACUUCUUCGACAAGGACCAGCUCGUCGACAUGUGGAGUACCUGGAGCGCAGAAAACGGCUUGCAGAUUCCCAUUGGUGAUGAGGAACCCACCGAAGAGGCGUCCGAGGAAAAAACAAGUGAGGCCCAGUCCGCAGAGGAGCCAUCUGAAGAGGCCAAGCAACUGGCAAAGGACAAUGGAGCGUUUGAGGUCCUUAAAAUGGGAGCUGACCGGCGGCUGAUUGUCAACCGUGGAACCAAACAAAAGAUGUACCGCUGCUGGAUGCAGGGUAACUUCCGAAAGCGCGGUGGACCUGAGAUUGAGGCGCAAACUGCCACCGAGAGCACCUAA